AUGGAGCACCUCGGGGCUCACCACCUGCACCAAGGGCAAGCCGAGCCCAUCAGCUUCGGCAUCGACCAGAUCCUCAACACGUCGGAGCCGGGCAGCUGCAUGGUGUCGCACCCGCGGCUGCAGGACUCGGCGGACUACGGGCUGGGCUGCAUCGUGGGCAGCGCCUAUAACACGGUCACGGGUGGCUACGGGGCGAGCGGCGGCGCGGCCGGCGCCUACACCGGCACCUCCUGCAGCAUGGGCGGCCUGCCCGGCUCCUACAACGUGAACAUGGCGGUGAGCAUGAACGGCAACACCUUGAGCUCGGCCGGCGGCGUGAUCCGCGUCCCGGCCCAUCGCCCCGUGGCCGGCGGAGUCCACCAGCCCCUCUCCGCCGCCGUGCCGGCGGUGAACGGCAUGAACAGCCUCACGGGGCUCACCUUCCCCUGGAUGGAGAGCAACAGGCGGUACACAAAAGACAGGUUCACAGGUCACCCCUACCAGAACCGCACGCCCCCCAAGAAGAAGAAGCCGCGCACCUCCUUCACCCGGCUGCAGAUUUGCGAGCUGGAGAAGCGCUUCCACCGGCAGAAAUACCUGGCCUCGGCCGAGCGCGCUGCCCUGGCCAAGGCCCUCAAGAUGACGGACGCCCAGGUGAAGACCUGGUUCCAAAACCGGCGCACCAAGUGGAGGAGGCAGACAGCAGAGGAGCGGGAGGCUGAGCGGCAGCAAGCAAACCGCAUCCUCAUGCAGCUGCAGCAGGAAGCCUUCCAAAAAACCAUCAACCAGCCCAUCCAAGCCGACCCCAUCUGUGUCCACAACUCCUCUCUCUUCGCCCUUCAGAAUCUCCAGCCUUGGUCUGAUGACUCCACCAAGAUCACCAGUGUCACUACUGUCGCCUCUGCUUGUGAAUAAGUCUGGCACCCACUGGUGGCACCUACACCUUGGACUGGCGGGGCUGUCCCCAGGGGGACACGAGGCAUCCUUGGUGGGACAUGUAGCAACUCUGUUUCUCCCCAAGGAGGGCUGAAACCCCCUAAUCCUCCGGCCACAAGCAUCCUAUGUAUCCAGCUGGGGAAGCCCUCCACAAGGAACAAAAAGAAGGAAAAUCACCCCAAAAACUCUCCCUAGCCAUGGAGUUGCUGGAGCAGCAAUGCUGUCUCACCUCCCCCCAAUCCUUUUGUUCUCCUGAAAGUCUCCAGUGUCGACCCUGAACUUGCUGACGUGCUGUCAGACAAAAGCCCAGCCCUGACAGGCACAGCCCCUGGUGAUCAUCCAGCUGGGGGAGAGGAAAACUUCCUUAGGAUUCUACUGGCGGCAGUGCAGAGUCUAUGUAUAACCAUAUAUAUAUGUAUAUCUAUAUAGAGAUAUAUAUAGAUAUAUGCUUUGAACUGUUGGCUUGAAAGAGAAAGAGAAGGCUCUCUGGGAAGCACUGUCUCUACUGUGAGCCUUCUUGAGUUGUCCGCACCAGAGACAUUCGGGGAUGCAACAAAUGGAGAAAACAGCAGCAAUUUCUGCUUGUGCCAGAUGGGAACCCUUCAGAUCUCACCUCGCUGUCUCUCCUCCCCUUUUUCAUUAAUUUUUUCUUGCGAGGGGGGAACAAGAGAAGGAUCUGACAGACUCCUGAGGACGGUAAAUAUGAUAUCUCAAUUGUAUGAAGAGCCCAAACAGUCCCUGGCUGCCACGGACUCUGUGCCCAUCAGCGAGUAUUUUAAUAACGAGAAGAUCAGGGUGGCAGUUUGUGGGGGUAAUGCAGUUUCUUUCCAUGGAAUAUUUCCAUAUAAUUUGCAAAAUGUUGUCCAAUGUUUUAUUUUAUCAUUUUCCAGUUAGAAGGCAGUUCCUGACAACAAAAAAUUGAUUUCACUCUCAGCUGUUUAACUUAGUUAUUCUUUUAAUUGUACCAAGAGAAUGAGACAUAAUUAAACAAAGCACUUCUAGCAAAUGCCAGGAAUAUAUAGCUAUAUAUAUAUAUAAACAAUAUAUAUUUUUCAGUUACUUAUAAUCUAAAACAGCACUGCCAAUUUAAGCAGUUAGUACAAACAAGCAACCAGAAAACCUAUUUUCAGUGAGAUUUUUAAAGGCAUUCGUUUGUUUGCUUUUUUUUGUUGUUUUGGUUUUUUUA